GCGCGCGUCCGACUUCGAGGUACACGACGACGGGUCUUCCGCAGAUUGCGCAGUCCGGUCUCUUCUCAGGGUUUCUUCCUCUCGUCGAGUGUGCCUCCUCUCCGAGGAGAAAUCCUUUUGGCGCGAUCCGCGCGGCUGCGCGAAGAUAAGUACCAGACUGUCAGAUUCUGCGGAACACGUAUAGUCGCUGACUUUCACCGAUUCUCGAAGCGACGGUCCUUGAAGGAGAAAGACACGUGGCUCGAUGUGUUCUCUUCGUUGUCGCGUUAGAAAACGACACAGUUUGACGGAUUGCACAGUUUGCCUAAGUAAACUUCAAACCUUGGGAUCUCCAAGAAGUGACAUUUGAAGAGGAGGUCUGCGCGUCGAAUCUGGAAGUAUAAAUACAAAAUAUCCAGAACGCGGGGAGCGAUCGACUCUUCGAGAUAUCUUUGAUGGGAUCUAUUCAGUGCCAUUGUACGCACUGAACUUCAAUACCUAUACAGAUGCUCCGAUCGUUCUCAAGAUCUUGACGAUCCUCGGAAGGGAAAUUUAUAGCGGAGGUACCGCGUGGAGAUCUCUUGCGCCAUCACGGACUCCGAUCAUAGUCGGAAAUCGUUUACUGCGCGCGAGUUUCAGCUGCUCUCGCGCGACGAGUGCCUGCAGAUUCCUCGGGGGCUUUCCCAGUGCCGACCUGCUCUGAUGAUUCCCCCGGCGGAACGUAAUUCGUCGAAUGUAUUUACACAUCUUGAAAUGGCCACAGUACUUCGAAGCGGAGCGUGCGGAUAAGUACAUUUGAUAUAGAGAGACCCGUGCGAACGUGUUGUCCUCGGCGCGUAGUGUCACGUCGAUGCUGCACGAGGGAGGACGUACGACCGGAUAAGGGAAAACCUCGGACUCUUGUAAUCGACGUGUCGCGAGAAGGAAAUCCAUCUGGCAGCUAGCAUGACAAUGGUCGUCAAUAAGAUCAACAUGUCGUCGUAUUCCGUGCCGCGGCGUACCUUCUUCUCGGGUCUUCACACGAAGAUGUCGGAGUUCCCGGUGGAGGGAGGCGAGAACAUGCAUACCGCCAUGGAGAACUUCCAGAAGAAGAACAACCUGGUGACCGGCAGGACGCACCACGUCACCCAUCAUCCGCAGGUCACCACCACGUCGUCGCAGAUGCUGACGACAAAUCAGAGCCAACACCAGAGUAGCAGCAGCACCAGUACUAGCAGCAGCAGCACUAGCAGCAGCACGAGCAGCAGGGUGGCCAAGUCCUCGCAGAGGAUUCUCACCUCGUCCUCGUCGAGUGAGAUGAAGGCGAGCUCCAUGAAGAGCGACCUGACCGAGCUCAAGCGCGGCAUCUCGGAGAUGAAGAACAUCUCGACCAACUUUUCACGGCUGCGUAGCAGCAUGGAGAACCUCGUGGACAGAGACGGCAGUGGACCGGAAGAGACCGAUCUCACGGAGCCGUUGGUGACUUUUCCGGAUACGGACACGCCGCCACCUGUCAGCGAUGCUGUCACGUUGGCAGGCGGUUCUCCGUCCCAAUUGAGUUCCCUGAACUCGCUGAACAAUCUUCAUCACAGUAUAAGCCCGCCGAUAAAUAUACCGAACAUGGCAAACCUACCUGCCGGUCAGGAAACUAUGAAAUUUGAACAGAAGAAAAUGACUAGCGCCUCGAAAACAAAGGUCGUCACGGAUGGAUUUAGCGCCGAGAAGGCGACGGCGAACAGCGCCGAGAUGAGGGCCCUGCAAGCCGGUGACGUCUCGUACAAGGAGCAGAGCGCCGCGACGGCGGCGAGGGCGCGCGUCGAGCUCGACGGCGUCUCGGCGGAGAAGAGCGUCGCUGCCGCGAGGGAGCAGAGAAGCUUGAAGGCCGGCGAUCUCUCGCAUCAGGAGAGUAACAACAUGGCGGCGUCCACAAUGAAGCUUCAGAGCGACUCUUUUACGUCCGAAAAGAAAGCGAUGGCGGCGCAACAGCAACGGCAGACAGUCACCUCGACCGGCAUCUUCAACCACGAGAAGCACAUGGCCUCGAGCUCGCAGUCGAGCAUCACGAUCGCGUCCAAGUCGGGCGUGAGCUCAUCCAAAUCGAUGAUCAGCGCGGCGAGCGCGGUUAAUCAGCUGAUGAACGGCAUGCGGCCGCCGACGGCCGAGGACGAGCUGCUGUCCUUGCCGUUGGACGACCUGGACCUGCUGUGCUCCAAAUCGAAUCCGCAGGACGUGGACUGCGCGAUCGCCAAGUAUUGCGGUCUGCUCGACAGCUUUGUGGAGCGGCUGAAGGCGAGCGCCGACAGCGGCAAGAGCAGCGGCAGCGGCAGCAAAGCGCCGCAGCUGUUGAACAGAGUGAACGAGAUCAUUCGGAAGGCUUGGGCGGUGCCUACGCACGGCCACGAGCUGGGCUACACCCUGUGCAACACCCUGAGGACGCGCGGCGGUCUCGAUCUGCUCAUGUCGAACUGCGUGGCGAACGAUCACGAGCUGCAGUUCUCGUCGGCCCGAUUGCUGGAGCAAUGCCUGACCACGGAGAACCGCGCCCACGUGGUGGAGAACGGUCUGGAGAAGGUGGUGAACGUGGCGUGCGUGUGCACGAAGAACGCCAACUCGGUGGAUCACGCGCGCGUCGGCACCGGGAUACUCGAGCACCUGUUCAAGCACAGCGAGGGCACCUGCAGCGACGUGAUCAGGCUGGGUGGCUUGGACGCGGUGCUGUUCGAGUGCCGGAAGAACGACGUGGAGACUCUGCGCCACUGUGCGGGCGCGCUGGCGAACCUGUCGCUGUACGGCGGCGCCGAGAACCAGGAGGCGAUGAUCAAGCGCAAGGUGCCGAUGUGGUUGUUCCCGCUCGCCUUUCACAACGACGACAAUAUCAAGUAUUACGCCUGCCUGGCGAUCGCUGUGCUGGUCGCCAACAAGGAGAUCGAGGCGGCCGUUCUCAAGUCCGGCACCCUCGACCUAGUCGAGCCCUUCGUCACGUCGCACAAUCCUUACGAGUUCGCCAAGUCGAAUCUGGCGCACGCACACGGCCAGAGUAAGAAUUGGCUGGAGAGGCUCGUGCCGGUCCUGAGCUCAAAGCGCGAGGAGGCUCGCAAUCUGGCGGCCUUCCACUUCUGCAUGGAGGCGGGCAUCAAGAAGCAACAGGGCAACACCGAUAUCUUCCGGACGAUCGGCGCGAUCGAGCCGUUGAAGAAGGUAGCCAGCUGCCCGAACGCGAUCGCGUCCAAGUACGCGGCGCAAGCUUUAAGAUUGAUCGGCGAGGAAAUUCCGCAUAAACUCAGCCAACAGGUGCCCCUGUGGUCCACCGAGGACGUCCGCGAGUGGGUGAAGCAGAUCGGCUUCGCCGAGGUGGCACCGAAUUUCGUGGAAAGCCGAGUCGACGGUGACCUCCUGCUGCAGCUGACGGAGGAGAAUCUGCGCGAGGAUAUCGGCCUGACCAAUGGUAUCAUGCGCCGCAGAUUCGCCCGCGAGCUGCAGAAUCUGAAGAAGAUGGCCGAUUACAGCAGUCGCGACACCGGCAAUUUGAACAGCUUCCUGCAGUCGAUCGGCCAGGAGUUCUCCAUCUACACGUACAGCAUGCUGAACGCCGGCGUGGACAAGGACUCGAUACGCAAUCUCUCGGAGGAUCAGCUGCUGUCCGAGUGCGGCAUCAACAACAGCAUCCAUCGGCUCAGGAUACUCGACGCCAUCAAGAACAUGCAGCACAAUCAGUUCAGCUCGUGCGAGUACGAGUCGCCCGACAAGUCCCUCGACGUCUUCGUCAGUUACCGCAGAUCGAACGGCUCGCAGCUGGCGAGUCUGCUGAAGGUGCAUCUGCAGCUGCGCGGCUUCUCGGUGUUCAUCGACGUCGAGAGGCUCGAGGCCGGCAAGUUCGACAACAACCUGUUGCAGAGCAUCAGGCAGGCCAAACACUUCCUCCUCGUACUCACGCCCCAGGCUUUGGAGAGGUGUAUACAGGACAGCGAGUGCAAGGAUUGGGUACACAGAGAGAUCGUUGCCGCGCUGCAAUCACAAUGUAAUAUAAUCCCGAUUAUCGACAACUUUCAAUGGCCGGAACCUGAGGAACUUCCUGAAGACAUGCGAGCGGUCUGCCACUUUAACGGUGUCCGCUGGAUUCAUGACUAUCAAGACGCUUGCGUAGACAAAUUAGAAAGGUUUAUGCGAGGCGAGAUACCUAUGAGAUCUGAUAUGUCCGGCGGAAUUCCGCGCAGCAUGGCACCCAAGGACGUGGCCCAACCGAGCACACCGGGUAACACGAAUAUGCGACAGCCGCCCAGCUAUCAGCGAAUGCACAGCAACGAAAGCAGGGGCAGCGACAAGGAUUCCACGGGCGGGCGAGACUGACUAGACGGCCCGCCCACAGCCAUAUCGAGCAGACUUAGAAAGUCGUCGAGUCCAUCCCGUUGGUUGAUGGGCAUGCCGCCCACGUCGCCGCGCUUCAAGUUCAUGUAUACGCAUCCGGUG